AUGGCGCAAUCGCCACCUCCUCCUCCUUUUCCUCCGCAGAGCCUCCUGGGCCUCGACCACUGGAUCUGCUCGCGGGGCUGGGGCUGGACGGGUCACUCGGACUCCACCUCCCCAGCCUCUUCCUCUUCGGACUCCUCCGGCAGCUCGUGUCCCUGCGACAGCACGGUCCGCGGCUCCUCGCAGCCGCCGCCGCCGCCCGCCGCCCGCGUCCCGACGGCGCCCCGACGCCCGCGCCGCGUUCCCGCCGACGGCCCGCGGCAGAGCGCCAGCGAGCGCGAGAAACUGCGCAUGCGCACGCUCGCCCGCGCCCUGCACGAGCUGCGCCGCUUCCUGCCGCCCGCCGUGGCGCCCGCCGGCCAGCGCCUCACCAAGAUCGAGACGCUGCGCCUGGCCAUCCGCUACAUCGGCCACCUGUCGGCCGUGCUGGGCCUCAGCGACGACGGUCUGCAGCGCCGCCGGCGACGUGCGGACGCCGCGUCCCCUCGGGGCUGCUGCUGCCCGCUCUGCCCCGACGGCGGCCCUGGUGGUGGCCCUGGUAGUGGCGGUCCCAGCCUGGGCUCGGCCAUCUGCCACGGGGCCACCUGGGAGUCCCCACCCACCCGACCCGGACCCCAGGAUUUGGGGAGCAGUGUGUCCAAUGCAGAUCCUUGGAUAACACCCCCUUACUGCCCCAAGAUACUGUCGCCCCAGCAUCAGUCCCUAGGGAGAGCCCCCGAUGCGGCGUCUCCAUGGACGGUGUCACCCCAAGUCUGUCCCCAGACGCAGACCUCCCCUGGGCCUGGGAACCGCGCUGCACCCUGGACUCCGCCCCCCGCGCCCCCAGAGCUGACUGAGGUGUACCAGGGUGUCUCCGUGUCUCCAGAAUCCUGUCUGCCACUGGGAAGCCCACCUCUCCUGUCCCGGCCAUCAUGCCAGAGACUCCAGCCUCAGCCCGAGAGGGGGUGCUGGGGCCACAGUGCACAGAUGCUCCCCAGUUCUGAGGACCAGGGUCCUGGCCCCACCUUCCCACUCCACACAGUGAGCCCUAGUCCCAGCUCAGGCCUGCAGCUCAGUGGCUCCCCCGAGCUUUGGCAAGAGGAUCUGGAGGAGACACACCGGAGCGUCUUCUACUAG